CCUGGCCACCGCUAGACAGCGCGAGACAGAGGAGGAGGGACAGACCGAGUCGUGCGCCAGCCAGUCCUCACAGAAAAAGAUUUUUUUUCCCAACUGCAACAGAAAAUGAACCCAAAUAUCUCCGUUUGCUGUUUAUCUCUGCUUUUACUGCUGCACUUGGCAUCAGCCAGUCCUGUUUCUGAUCUACAGAGUCUGAAGCAGCUUUUAGAGGAGGAGAUCAACACCGCGCCCUAUUACUCCUCGGAGGAGAUGGAGGUGGCGGGGAAAGAGGCAGACAAGUCGGUAUUUGGAACUCCAGAGGAGCACCCGUGGGACUCCUCCGACCCCAACAACUCGGCUCUGGCGGCCAAAGAAAACAUCCUAUUGCGUCUCUUCAAAGAGCUCAUGAGGACCUCCAAGCGUUCGUGGAGCCGGCACAAGAAGGGCGGGCUGAAGAGCUGCUUCGGUGUCCGGCUAGAGAGGAUCGGUUCCUUCAGCGGGCUGGGAUGCUGAAGCAGGCAUGGAUGAGGUCGGGGUUCUCCCAUCUGCACAUCAGUGUGACCAUCAGCAAAGCGGAGCUCCUCUCAUAAUCACAGAUCUUUGACUGACACUUUAAAGGGCGGUUACUUCACUCUCUCCUGUUCAUGGUUCUCAUUUAGAACUGUGAUUUCCUUUUUCAUAUGUGAGCUAUUAAAUAAUAAAUUAUUGUAAAUGUAUUUAUUAUUUAUUAUUUUCUUGUUGGAUAGAGUUGCCUUGUAAUAGAUUGUAUUGUAGUAAAAUAAUUAUUUUGCAUAAUAGCUGAAUCUGUGACUGAGUUUGUCUCUUUUUUUCUGGGCAUAAUUGAAAGCAGCUUAAUUAUUUUCAGAGGGAAUAUUGUCAUGCUGUAUGCACAUUAAAUAAACUGGUGUGAUAGAUGGGAAACCAUUCAAUUCAUAUCAAUGACAUUUUAAUAUGAUCGUCUGCUGUCAGGUGUUCAGUCAUAACAAUUUCAGGUAAGAAAUGACGCAACAGUUUAGAAAAGUGAAAAUUUCUUCUUCUUGCAGAUAAUAAUUUAAUGACAUGACAUGAUCAGUUUAACAUUACAUGUGCUGGAACAAUACAAAAAUGGAUGCGGUGAAUAAUAGAUGAUGAACGUUUAAGUGUCACUGGCAGAUUAAAACCUUCACCUG